AUGUCAGAGUCAGCCUCCACCCCAGUAUCUGCGGAUUUCUCCUCUUCACCACCAAAGCGCACCAAGAUCGUCCUGCUGGGCGACCAGAGCGUCGGAAAGACCAGUCUUAUUACUAGGUUCAUGUACGAUACAUUCGACAACACAUACCAGGCGACGAUCGGGAUCGACUUCCUCAGUAAGACCAUGUACCUGGAAGACCGCACCGUAAGGCUACAACUGUGGGACACGGCUGGCCAGGAACGCUUUCGUUCCCUCAUUCCCUCAUAUAUCCGUGACUCCUCGGUGGCCAUUGUCGUCUUCGAUAUCACCAACCGCCAAUCCUUUCUGUCGACGACGAAGUGGAUAGACGACGUGCGCUCGGAGAGAGGGAACGAUGUCAUUAUCGUGUUAGUUGGCAAUAAGGCAGAUUUAUCCGAUAAACGACAAGUGACAUUGGAAGAAGCAACCACAAAAUCCACGCAGAUGAAUAUCAUGUUUAUGGAAACUUCUGCAAAAGCUGGACAUAAUGUCAAAAGCCUAUUCAAGAAAAUUGCUAUGUCUUUACCGGGUAUGGAGAAAGAGAAUCAGGGGGAUGUCAACACAAAAAUUGAUGUGACAUCACCGAAUGCAGACGUGCCAGAGGCAUCCCAAUGCAGCUGUUAG